AUGGCCUCGGUCAUUCACGUGGACCAGAGUUACUGUGAGCCCAGGAGGCUCAUAGGGGAUAACGUCACCCUGGUCAGAGAUGUUGUGGACGUCUCCGGCUCAUUGGGAAUCAACCUGGGACUGAUUUCCAUUGACCAGGAAAAGGCGUUUGACCGGGUUGAACACCAGUACCUUCGGCAGACCAUGACUGCCUUUGGGUUCAGCCCUGGGUUCAUUGCCCACAUCCGGACUCUGUAUUGUGACAUCAUGAGUGUACUGAAGGUGAGGGGGAGGAGCAUCAUGCAGGGCUGCUCUUUGUCAGGGAUGCUCUACUCCCUCUCCAUCGAGCCCCUUCUGCAUGGGCUCAGAGCUGACCUACAGGGGGUGCCGGUAAACUGCUUUGGCCGAGUGUCCAGCUCUAAGGUCAACUGGAGCAAGAGCUCGGCCACUCUGUUACGAGAGGGUCUGAGGGGCCUCAGCCUGCCUGGGGGAUUAGUGAUGGUGGUGAGGUACUUCAGCCGCAGCAGGAGGAGGGGGCAGCUGCUCAACUUCCUCAUUGGUCAGGCUAAGAUGGCAGUCUAUGUGUGCAGGAGGAGGAUGGUCCAGGACCAGAGUGAGGUCAGUCCUGGAUGGUCCAGGCCAGACUCAGACUGGAGUUUGGGCUCUACAGGCUAA